AUGGCUACCUCUACAGAACCAGCUCCAACCUCCUGCAAGGUGAUGCUCUCAAAGCAUGUCGCCAAUGGCUUGCUUGAGGAAGUCACCGAGGGCGUGAAGACCCUAGAGAAGCCGCCUCACCUGGUCGGAUUCCUGGCGAACAGUGAUCCCGCGGCGCUGAUGUAUGCGCAAUGGACUGAGAAGACAUGUCAUGAAAAUGGUUUUCGCUACUCUCUCCGCGAAGUGCACCGUGAUGCUCUCGAAGAAGCAAUUCUGGCCGCCAAUGUCGAUCCCGAAGUUGACGGCAUCAUCGUAUACUACCCCAUCUUCAACAACCGUCAAGACCAGUACCUGCAGCAGAUCGUGGACGUAUCCAAGGAUGUAGAGGGUCUUAGCCACCGUUAUAUUUUCAACAUGUAUCAGAACAUUCGCUUCCUCGACCCGGAGACCAAGCGUCAGAAGUGCCUUCUUCCCUGCACUCCUCUUGCCAUCAUUAAGAUCCUGGAAUACCUGAACAUCUACAACACAAUCCUGCCAUAUGGGAACCGGCUGCACGGGCACACAAUCUGUGUUGUCAACCGCUCCGAGGUUGUCGGCCGACCGCUUGCUGCGUUAUUGGCGAACGAUGGUGCUUGCGUGUACAGUGUCGAUAUCACUGGCAUCCAAAAGUUCUAUCGAGGAGAAGGAUUGAAGAAGGGCAGACACGAUGUGGAGGAAGUUGAAGGCAAGGAGCUGAAGGACAUCGUCCCACUGUGUGACACUGUCAUCUCCGGUGUGCCUGGGGAUAAGUAUAAGUUUGAUACUAGCCUGUUGAGAGACGGUGCUGUGUGCAUCAACUUCUCGAGCGACAAGAAUUUUGGCCCUGAGGUGAAGCAGAAGGCCUCUCUAUUCGUGCCGUCAAUUGGAAAGGUCACCAUCGUUGUUCUGCUCAGAAACUUACUGAGACUCAUCCAGAACAAGAGGAUGGAUGAUAUCAAGCCCGCUGCUGCAACCGAGCGACCUGGAACCCUGGAGGCUUCUUCAUAG